AUGCCUCCGGACAGGGGGGGUCCCAGGGGCCCUUUAGGGGCCCCUGGGUACGAGUACUUUGGGGGCCCCCGUGGGGGCCCUCUGGGGCCCCCCAUGUACCCAAUGCGCAGGUGUAGCGACAGCCCGGGGCCGCCUUUACUGCGCGUCUCCUACUAUGGGAGGGCAGAAGAGAGGGAGGGGUACCUCGGGGGUAUUGGUGAUCCGCGGGGCCCACCCCCGCGUGUGCUGCAGCGGCGGUUGCCGCCAGAGCAGCUGCAGCAGAUGCAGCAGAUGCAUGCGCAGCAGCAACAGCAGUACUACGCAGAUAUGCGGCGGUUUCCUCCGUCAGGUGGAUGGAGGAGACGGAGGAGCUGCAGCAGCAGGGGCAGCAACAGCAGCAACAGCAGCUGCGGUGCCGAUAGAGAGGGGCCCCCUGGGGGCCCCCUUUCUGGACGGGGAUCGUUCAUUGAUAGGGAAAGGAAAGUCCGUCACCAAUCUGCUGCUAUUUGUGUUGUUGUUGCUGCACCUGUUGCAGGAGCAGGAGCCGCAGUGUGA